AUGGUCUCAACCCUGAUAACAAAAUCCACUUUGCAUUGCAAUGUUUCACCGAAAUGGUCGUUCAUAUGUCGUCGGUUUGCUGCCUUUAGAAAAUCGAAAGCGGAUUUGAAGCCGCUUAGGAGCCGUCACAUGAAACAGCUUGAAGAUGAAACUUAUGAUCCUCCAAUACCGCCAAGGUCUGUUCCGUGUGAUGCUACGUCAUUUCAGCGUGGCUGGCGUCCAGUGCAAGGCGAAGCUGUACCUGGAUACGAGGUGCCCACAAGGUUCAGAGUAGGGAUGCAUCAGCAUACAUCGUCAGAUCGCAAGACUGGAGUUAGCUAUAGCCGAGAUACUUCGUUCGCACAGACAUAUACAGACUUUUCCGGGUUACGUUUCCCAACUUUGGACACCGCAGAAAACAAAGAGUAUUGGAAGGACACGGGGCUCAAUAGAUUGCUUCCACGAAUAUUUCCCAUCAAGUUACCUAUGUGCCGCAAAAUAGACCCACUGAUGAGGGAAUACAUCUACUUUUUACAUACACUGGACCCAGGGCGCUUUACCAUACGAAGGAUAGCAGAGCGCUAUGGAUUUAAAGAAUCUACCGUCCAGAGGGUGGUAAAGGAGUUCAGCUUACUCAACUUUAUCCUGUACAAUCGAUUGUGCGAUCCAAAGGAUCGGCGUAUCACUCUAGAAGAAGCAAGGCUACAACUCAAAGAACAAGCAUAUCGUGACCAUAUAGGAUACAUCCACACUGCUAACGAAGAAGAAGAUGAGGAGCAUGAAUUUCAAGGUUUUGAGAGUACUGCGGAUUGGAUAUAUAGGCAAUCAAUACAAGUAGAAGGUCUUUCUGCAUUUGCAUUACCAUCAACAAGAGAUCCAAUGCCGAAACGCGUGGAUGUCGACCUCACGGUAAAACAUACGAAACACGUAAAAGUUAUUAACUGGAUAGAUCCAAGCGAUAAGGUCGUAUUCUAG